CUUCCAGCACCGCCCGCCGCUGGCCCCUACAAGAGCAGUUCCCCGCGAUCGUCGCCGCCGCCACCAAGAUCAACAUACAAGGACAGCGAACGCAUCAUCGCAACAUUCUCGGACACGUUCCCGCUGUUGGUAGUUCCCGCGUCUCGUAGUUUACCCUGUCAUAUCCUUGUAAACAAUAAGAAAUGAAUCCCGCUGAUAUUUAUGUCCCACCUGUUGCGAGUAAUUUCGGACGACCUAUCACACCGACCUCGCCCACGGUGCAGGGAAGGCCUUCGACGCCCGGCGUUUCCGGCCCGGUGGUGCCGCAAGUUCAAAACGACGCGUCCAACGCGUCGGGCGCAUCAUCCGCCGCUCCCUCAUCGAGCUCGAAUGCAACAUCUCAAUCUACACAGUCGACGUCGACGUCGGCUCCUCCAUCCCUUGUACAACAAUUGCAAGCAGGGGCUGGUCAUCAAGGAAAGCCCAGAUCGUGGAAGCCCCUAAAUCCAGAGGGCCGUGCUAUCAUGUUCACUGCGUUCAAACUGAACGAAAGGCCGGAUAUAAACAAGAAGCGGCAGUUGGUGGAUCUCCUCCAUGCUGCAGGCAACACCUCUUUCACUGUCGAUAGCGUCAAUGCCUGGCUCAGCAGAGAGCGCAAGAAGAAGAAAGCGCCGCAGCCAGCGCCGAAGGAGGAGAUACGACACUAUCCGUCCAUUCCCGUGGAAAAGGAACCUGCCAUUGUCGAGAUGGCCGUUGAACUGAAGAACCCGACCGUCAGCAUGCUCCAAAACUAUGCGAUCAGCAGUGAAGUAGACCUCAAAGACCUUUGCCAACUCUUCUACGACAACGGAUCAAUCGUACCCCCCAAGGCGUUCAGGCUCGCGGGCUUGGACCAUCUAGCCGACGAAGCCAUGGACGUGGAUCGUAAACAACUCUUGGACCCCCUCGAACGUAAACGGCCUCAGCUCACUCUCGAGUCUCAUCUUCCGACGCCGUCCGUUUCGACGUCGCCUGAGCCCGCUGAGGGUCGUGACCGUAUCAUAGUCAAGACACCUGUGACUCCGAAUGCGGACCUCCCGCCUAUCGCGACGCUCAACAUCAAGCCCAACGCCGAAGAGGACGACGAGGACGAGGACGAUAUGGACAUGUCGGACGAUGAUGGUGGAUCCGAGAACGUGAAGUCCGCCAUCACCCUCCUCGCCGCUCAAUCGUCCACGUCUCUCUUGCCGGCACAUAACAUCACGACCCGAACCACGGAACACGUCCUUCCGUCCCUCCCUCCUACCGCCGGUCCUUCAUCGUCGUCGGCGGCAUUUUCGAGCAGACCGACGACCACGGAGGAUGGUCCGUUCAGGAUUCGCCCCGGUAUGCUCGGUUCGCCGACGCCGGCAUCGACAGCUCCGUCGUACGUUCGCGCUCUGGCCAGCUCGUCGCCCGUCGCUUCCACCUCGACGGCCGCGAACACGAGUGUGAGCGCACCGCUGCACGUCCCCCCGCCGUCGACAGCGGCCUCGUCUUCGACGCUUCCUUCUCAACUGCUCACUUCCGUGGCGCAAUCUGCGUCAGGUUCUCAAUCGGUUGCUGGUUCUUCGCGAGCAGUGCCUUCGCCACUUUCGCCAGCAACGCGACCAAUCGUUCCAUCGUCUGCUUUCUUGUCACGUCCACCGCAGCACGCAUCAUCUACACGCUCGGACGUGCCAAUCUCACCGACAUCUUCGCAUUCAACGCAGGCUCCUCACGCAUCAACGUCGGCACCUCCGGUUCAACCUCGGUCACCGCAAACGCCACUCGCCGCUUCGUCUCCAUCAACAGCACCCGCACGCGUAUCUUUUUAUAUCUCUCCCUUCCUCCCUGGACGGUCGACUUCGGACUCCGCUGCUACGCGUCCAGCGAGGUCACCGCUCCAGGAGCUUAUAGCUCGGAAGAACACGAUCCUCGCUGAGAAGAAAAAGGAAGUGGCGAGCUCGUCGUCCGUGUCCUCCUCAGGGUCAGAGUCGGGGUUUCGGAUAGAACCAGAGGACCCAAUUCCGCCGGGUCUUCCGCCGCGGAGUGUGCAGGAGUGGUGUCGGGCUUUCGAUUCGCAGAUGAUGCAGCGGGAUAAGCUGGAGGAGACACUCCAGAAGAUCGUACCGGAUCGGACGGCGAAUUGGCAGGUGCUUAUGGAUGAGGCUGGGUUGUGGCGUUGAUGAGUCGAAGGACUGUUGUGCGAUGUGCGAUGGGGAGGUUGAUCGUUGUGCUUCGUUCUUGUCGUGUUGUGAGUGCCUGCCGCUUUCUAGAUCUUGUAGUCCACCAGGGACCAAGGUUAUGGCAGAGUGUCCUGUGGAUUUAUACCUUAUACAUUAUGUUCUUUUACUGUGUGCUACCCAUAUAAUUACUCAUAGUCAAUACUGUUAUGCUCUGAUGGUUCUGUUACGCCCCGAUGAUUCAUGCAUGCUCUCAUAUACUCAAAAAUCCACAUACAGAAAAAGAAAACCCUAGCUCUUACUACUUUAUACAUAUACCAGAAAGC